AGGAGAAUGCUCGUCGGUUAAAUUUUUGGAAAUCAGUCUAUCACCCAACACAGUACGGGGUGGUUCGUUGGCAAUAAAUAUAAUAGUAAAGUCCAAGUGAGACAAGUCAAACUAGAAAUUGAAAAAAGUUUUUUUUUUGAAAAUUGUAUAUCGACGAUUAACUCUUUAAAUACAGCUGAGGUUAUUUAAAAGCGCACUUGAGUUGCAGCUAGUCGCACGUUUUGUGGAAAACGAAAACAGUCAAAAAUGAAUUCGAAAAUUCAAGUUUUAGUUUGUACAUUACUAGUGAUUAUAUCAUGUGGAGAGCAUGUUGUGCAUGGUGAUGACAAAAACAUAACGAGAUUACUCAACAAUCAAGUGAUUGUUAGUCGACAAAUAAUGUGUGUUUUGGAAAAGUCGCCCUGCGAUCAACUCGGACGUCAAUUGAAAGCUGCACUACCUGAAGUUAUUCUAAGAAACUGCAGAAACUGUUCACCGACACAAGCACAAAAUGCACAAAAACUUACAAACUUUCUGCAAACUCGUUAUCCAGACGUAUGGGCAAUGCUGAUCAGAAAAUACCGUGGAGUUUAGAGACACAAUUUUUCUUUUCUUUGAUAUCAGUUUCAUCUUAUGGUUUUAUGGUUUUCAUAUAUUGUAUUCGAUUUAACUUUUCUAAGCUACUUUCGUUAUACAUUUCUUCUAUUAUUUUUCCUCGCUAUGUACUUUCCAAUCAAUAUCAUAUGUGGAUUACACUAUAGAAGUUAAGUUUGUUUUAUAUAAAUGUGUACAAAUAAAUGCAUAGAAUGAAAAUAAAUAUAAGCAGUCAAUGUAUAGCUCAAAUAAAAUCAAUUGAAACCUAAGCUUUAGUUCAAUUCAAAUCACCAAUGUCAUAAAAUGAUUAAGUUUUAGACUUUUAGCUUAGUCAUGUUUUUUCGAUUAAAUUACUUAUAAACAGUGAGUGUGUUUAUCAGAUUAUAAUAAUCAAUCAAUAGCAAUAUCCUCUCAACUACAUAAAUGUUUAUCAUCAGUUGAAAUUUGUUUUUAAAUCGAUCUGGGUUCAGAUUUUAAUAUUUUGAUAAAUGCAAUGAAUCUCCAUAAAACAAUUCGAAUAUAAAACCAUAUAACCGGUAUUCCAUGUUGAAAUCACUAGGCUUGUAAUUUGGCAAUUUAUAUAUGGAUCGGUAGAUUGCAGCUGAUACACUUUUGCGUAAUUCAUUGAAUUAAUAAAAUGAAUAAAUAAAAUUGCACUUUACCUUCAAAUGAUUUUUUAAAUAAAUUUGUAAUCUCUGUCAGAAGAAACACAAAUACUUGAAAAAUUUAACGAAAUAUUGCGCGACGAGAAUCAGUUAGAGAAUUCUGUUUAUUACAAUAUAUUCGGUUCUGUCUUGCAUCGUCUCUGUCUUUAGAGUUCUGAAACUAACACAAAUAUGUGUAAUGGAGUUAAGAAGAAAGAACCAACUCGCAAAACACUGUUAACGGAAAUGAAUUGAGGGAAAUGAGAAAUGUUCUUCAGAGCAAUCAGAUUGGAAAUGAAAGUGUCCAAGGAACGAGUUCGUGUCUCGAACUGGCUUCAAGCAAAUUCAGUGUAUUUCAAUGAUCGAAAAAACUUGAAAAUGGUUGACAAAUGAAAAUUUCAGUUUUAUGAAAUUAAAAAAAAUCUAUUGUUUCAAGACACGACAUUUUCAUGUAUAAUUGUCAGUAUAAAUUUCAGAGUUGAAAUAAAAGAAGACACUAAAACAAAUCUCUGGUGAGUUGCUGUUACUAUCUCACCAUACUAAAGGAUUACUGUCAUCUGUCAUCAGCAGCUUUACGACAAAACUAAGUAAUGAAUACCAGUUGAAACGAAUCAAGUAUACUUUCAACAAAAGAAGUAACAGAUUAUGACGUGAUCGCUUGAAAACUUCAAAAGCUUCGAAAUAACUUUCUCAUUUUGUCUUCUAUUUUAACGAGGCUGUCAUUCAUACCGCUCUAUUCGCCGAAUCGAUGCACUUUGACAUUUAGAAAUGGUUAUUUGUGUCCCCUAUAAGAUCGAGUGUGACAAUAUAAAUCGUGUGCUUAAAAAAGCAAUUAUCACUGAGUUGUAUUUGUAUACAACGUUUUUCUCAAAAAUUCAACAAAAGAUCUACUUUCCGUCCGUCCCUGAGUUGAGAAAAGUAAAUUUUCCCGAAUUAGUGAUGAAAAGUUAAAUCUUCGUGUUUGAGAAAUUUUUUGUAUGAAACUAGGUGAUAAAUAACAAUUAUUGAAUUCCGUCGGCAAAAAAUCACUGUUCCAUGCAUCAUUGCAAUGGUAUUUUCAUGUCCAUAUUACUUUUUGUCACUAGUGAUGCCAAUGAAAUAUAUGCCAAUGAAAUUAUGCAUGAAAGGGUGAUCUUGCGACGAAAUUGCAUAAAACGUUGUGAGAAAGACUUUCGCACAUUUAGUGAGAUCAACAAGUACUUAUCUCAACUUGUUGCAUAAAUAACUAUUUUUUUACUGUUUCAUCUAUUCCGUCAAUAAUAAACAACACAGCCAAUCGCUUUGCCCGAAAAUUAUUUUUAAAUCUCAACUAAUUGGAUCGCAUUUCAAUUGUGCAAUUUAAGCAAUUCAUUCAUUUUAGUACUCGUUUAAUCAAAAGACUUAAAAAAAAUUGUCAAUGUGAUUGUAGAGUU